CUUGGGAGGAGGGACCCCUCCCACCUGAGAGUGAGAGCAGAAGCUGCACAGCACAAGGAAGGGUUUUGUAACAAAUUGAUGUUUAAGGACACUGUAACACAAGCUUAUAAGGAUUUAAUAAACAAGACUAAAAGAUGGAUGUCGAAAACGUGGAUUUGAUGGACGAGCUGGAGAACUUUAUCAAUGCUUCUACCAACACCAGCAGUCCGACAGUGAUCCAGUAUGCCAGUUUCAUUGUGUAUGUGCUGACCUGUAUCAUUGGGUUAAUAGGCAACGCUGGGGUGAUCCUAAUUUCAGCAGUCAUCAUGCAACAACAGAAAUGCAAAAUCUGGUUUUUGAACCUAGCUGUAGCAGACUUCCUUUUUCUGCUGAUCUUGCCUCUCUAUGCAGCUUCUGUGUUAAAGCAAGACUGGCUCUACGGAUCACUCAUAUGUAAACUGUAUCAUUUUAUGUCAACUUGCAAUAUGUACAGCAGUAUAUUUAUUAUAACAGCUCUAAAUAUUGACCGUGUUUUGUCUGUGGCAAAACCGAUAUGGCACCUUAAAGUUUUCUCCAGACGUGUCAGCCACUUGACCUGUGCUGUGAUUUGGGUAACUGCCUUUCUAUUUAGUUUGCCUGUCAUAUUUUUGACUAAUGAGCAUAAGAGUGGUGACAAAACAGAAUGUGGGUUAGCGAACAUUAAGCAAAUCAAUACUAGACACAGACUUGUUAAAAGGGACAUUCAUUUUAACAGGGUUGGCACUAUACUUGACCUACCUCCCAAUCCAGAACUUUGCCUGUCUCCUGAAAACACAAGCGAUUGUGACAAAACAUUUCUUCAAAUGAAACCUUUGAUAGAGGGUCUUAUAGUCCCUUUUAUAUUAAUUGGCUACUUCAUACCCUUAUGUACAAUCAUAUUGUCCAACAUAAUUAUUGCCUGGCAGGUCAAUAAAUCGCACACACUGAAGUCUUCAAAGCUGUACAGAAUUGUUAUGGCAGUCAUCUUGAUUUUCUUCUUGACCUGGACACCACUGGUCAUAGCAGAAAUUACUUAUAUAACAGCUUUUAAUACUCGGAACUUUCCAUUAAUGCACAAUAUUUAUACACUUAUUCCACUCUUAACUAGUAUUGCAUACACCAACUGCUGCCUCAAUCCAAUCAUAUAUGUGCUUGUUGGCAGACAGGUAAGGACUGCAAUGAUGGAUUUUAUUUACAAAAGAAGAAACAAAAACACAUCAAAUAUCCAAGUAAUGCAAGCUUAGUUUUUGUAUUUGGAACAAGCAUUAACACUUUCUCAUAUUCCUAUUACUAUUUGUACUGGCAGUACCCUACAAGCACAAAACAGGCAAGGCUGAUGUUUGAUGUUUCUUUUAUUACAUAUUAACUGUUUAAAUCAUUUUAUGGGUAUCAUUGGGUUUGUGUACAAACUGCAUAUAAAUUACACAACUGAUAAACCAACUUGGCUCAAAACAAAAUGAUUUACUUGCCUUUAAUAUUCUUUCUGCAAACUACAAUUAAAUGUGAACUAAACUUUAACAUAUUUUAUAUAAUAUCCUUAAUGCACCAGCCUAGAGGUUCAGUUUCUCAAUAGCAGCAAUGAUCCAGGAUUUCAAACGUGUAACAGGGGGUCACCAUCUUGGAAAGU